AGAGUGCUGCAAAUAGGUUGUCUUCAAAACUAAUGACAAGCUGCCGAGCGUGCGGGCAAACCUUAGUUGAGCAGAGUUCCUGUGCAGCUUUGGAGCAGUAUCUGAACGAGUACUUUCACUUGACGGCAAUUAGGCUCGGCGACUAUGAGGAUCCUAGCCAAGCAAAAGUGUGCGAUGUAUGUGCCAGAAAACUGGAAGAUUUUGAAAGCUUUCGUAACGUUUGCCUUCAGGUUCACUGGCAGCUGCAUAAGCUGAAAGUGGAAACGUUAGAUGCAGACGAUGAUGCGUUUGCAGUGAAAGUCGAAUGUAAACCAGAUUUUCCGGACGAGGAAGAUCCUAUAACAAACGUGUUCAAUAAAAAUGAAACUGCAGGUAAAUGUGCUUCGGUCAAAACCGACAGCAGUGGUGAAAGUGAUGAAACCUAUGAAAGUAAUUCCGAGGAGUACGAUUCCCCUUCGGACGAGGACGACGAUUCCUCGGAGGAAACGAAAAACCAAGCAAAUCCUUCAAAACCAAAAAAGCCACGAGCGAAAUGGGGUAGCCUGAAGAAAAAAGAACCCCACGAAAAGCGAGCGCUUUUUCCAUGCGAUCGGUGUCCUAAGAAAUUUUUCCUCCAAUACAGGUUGGACGCUCACAAGCGGGCUCAUGAUGGCCUUAAACCGUUCGAAUGUGAGCUAUGCAAGAAGGCAUUUGCCCGCUCUAACGGGUUGAAGAUGCACCGGAUACAAAAGCACAGCAACAAUCGACUGUGUUUGCCGUGUGAUUUCCCCGGUUGUACGUACAAGUACUCGACCCGGCUUGGCUUGCAGAGGCACAAAAAACGGGCGCAUGAUCCGAAUUAUGUGGAGCCUCCGGCCACGGCAUUUAUCUGUGACGUAUGUGGGAAAGAUUAUACUACCAAGGGUGGCUUGAAGACGCAUAAAUACACGCAUAAUCCAUCGGAAAUGCCGUUUGUUUGCGCAGUUUGCGGGAAAAAGUUUCCUACCGUGAACAAACUGAAGGAACACACCAUGCGCCAUGAUGGCAUUAAAAGGCACACUUGUCCGCAUUGCGGCCUGCAGAAGAUCACCAUGCACGAGCUGAAGUUUCACAUUAAAAAUAUGCAUUCAUCGGAACCACGGUCUUUUUCGUGCAAACUGUGCGAGAAACAUUUUACUAGUCCUGGAAGUCUCAGUAUGCACGUCAGAAUCAUUCACCAUGGUUUAAAACCGUACGUUUGUUCGAUUUGUUCGUUUGCUUUCGGAAGAAGCGACCAUCUCAAACGGCACAUGCAGGGCCAUAUGCGGGCUGGUUUGACUAAACCGGAAACCGCGGUAGAAUAAACGGAAACCCAGUCGAUCCAAAUGAUUGAACAUUAAUUGUACAAAAUAUCGUAAUUUGUAAA